ACGACGACGAAGAAGACGACGACGACGACGCGGGGAGAAGAGGAGUCGACGGGCGCCGGAACGGUGGCCCGGGCCGGGCGGUCCCGGUGAUGGCGGUGUUGGACCUGGCCCAAGAGGGAAUGGCCGUUUUUGGGUUCACCCUCUUUUGCGUGCUGUGGCUCAUGCAUUUCAUGUCUAUUAUUUACACGCGUUUACAUCUCAACAAGAAGGCAACAGACAAACAGCCAUAUAGCAAACUCCCUGGCAUUACACUUCUGAAACCAUUGAAGGGUGUGGAUCCUAACUUAAUCAACAACUUAGAAACAUUUUUUGAAUUGGAUUAUCCCAGAUAUGAAAUACUCCUUUGUGUACAAGAUCAUGAUGAUCCAGCUAUUGAUGUAUGUAAAAAACUUCUUGGUAAAUACCCAAAUGUGGAUGCUAGACUGUUUAUAGGUGGGAAGAAGGUUGGGAUUAAUCCCAAAAUUAAUAAUUUAAUGCCAGGAUAUGAAGUUGCAAAAUAUGAUCUUAUAUGGAUUUGUGAUAGUGGAAUCAAAGUAAUUCCAGACACACUUACUGACAUGGUUAAUCAAAUGACAGAAAAAGUAGGCUUGGUUCAUGGUCUACCCUAUGUUGCAGACAGACAGGGUUUUGCUGCUACAUUAGAACAGGUAUAUUUUGGAACUUCACAUCCAAGGUCCUAUAUUUCAGCUAAUGUUACUGGGUUCAAAUGUGUGACAGGAAUGUCAUGUUUAAUGAGGAAGGAUGUAUUAGAUCAAGCUGGAGGGCUUAUUGCAUUUGCCCAAUACAUUGCUGAAGAUUAUUUUAUGGCCAAAGCAAUAGCUGACAGAGGUUGGAAGUUUGCAAUGGCCACUCAAGUUGCAAUGCAAAAUUCUGGGUCCUAUUCAAUUUCUCAGUUUCAAUCCAGAAUGAUCAGAUGGACCAAAUUAAGAAUCAAUAUGCUGCCUGCAACAAUAAUUUGUGAACCAAUUUCUGAAUGCUUUGUUGCCAGUUUAAUUAUUGGAUGGGCAGCUCACCAUGUAUUUCGAUGGGAUAUCAUGGUAUUUUUCAUGUGUCAUUGCCUGGCCUGGUUUAUAUUUGACUAUAUUCAACUCAGGGGUGUCCAGGGUGGCGCUCUAUGUUUUUCAAAACUUGAUUAUGCAGUAGCUUGGUUCAUCCGAGAAUCCAUGACAAUAUACAUUUUCCUGUCGGCAUUGUGGGACCCUACUAUAAGCUGGCGAACAGGACGCUACAGAUUACGCUGUGGAGGCACGGCAGAGGAAAUCCUUGACGUAUAACCACAGCUUUGUGACUGUAUUUAAGAAAAUAAAAAAAAGAAAAAAAAGAGAGAAGUAUUAUAAAUUAUGUUUAUAUAAAUGCUUUAAAAAUCUACCUUCAAUAGUUUUAUUACUUGUAUGUUUUGGUAUCUGUUUAAUUUAUUUUGCAUGGCACUUGCAUCUGUGAAAAAGAAAAAAAAAUAGCGUGUCAUCUUGGCCAACUGGUACCUUGUUUUGUACAAAUAGAGAAUCAAGAGAAUUGGUUCCAGGACCCUUUAAAUAAGAGAGGAACAUAUAAUUGCUCUGCAGCAAACACUAUGACAGUAUCCUUCAGUAGAGAAAGUUUAAGAAUUGGCAGUAGACGAAUCUGGUAAAUAUAUGGGAUGAAAUCAUCUUUGGCCUACUGGCUAGCACAGGACUAGAUGGUAAUUUUAUGCCUAUAUGGAGUGUCUAAUAUCAUUGUGCAAUAGUUCACAGUGAGGGACUGACUAGUGGAGAAAACUUUUUCAUGCUUUAUGACUACCUCUUGUAGUUGCUGCAGAGCAAAUAUAAAUUGUAUUAGGUAACUAGGCCUUGCAAAAGCAAAUAAGAAAAAACUUAAAAAAAAAAAAAAAGCUGGAGUCUUGUAUUUAUAUGUAUAUAUGAGAUUUUUUUUUUUUUGGUCUCACUGCAAUGAACCAAAAGUGGACUGAGUUUGGUUUUUAAUGGUAGCCAUGUAUUGAGGGCAACUUUUUGGCCAACUCUUGUUGGUUCUGUCUUGAACCAUUGUUAAUCACUGUGCUGUAAUUAGUGUAGCUUAAUCCUUCCUUCCCUGUUCUCCUAAUCCUUAUUCUGUUUUCCUUAACUUUUUUCAGGGGGGUUGGUUUUGUUUUAGUGUGAGUGAAUGUUUUGAUAGUUGUGAGAAAAAAAUGCAUUUCAGAAACAUUUCACACAUGACCUAUUUUCUUACACAGUAUGUCUUAUUGUUAAUAAGAAUGUAAUUUCAUGAUGCAGGUAUUUGAUAUCUUUUUUAAAGUAAGCAAAUAUUCUAGUCAUCAAUAAAUUUAAAUUGCAGUAGAGUAUUAAGAAAGGCAGGAUGAGUUUAUUGUUAAAUUUAAUCAGUAUCAAACUAUGUCUACUGUUAGCUUUUCUUUGUGCCUACUACAGUUAGUCUAGUCUUAUUUAAAUUGAAUUUUUGUAUAACUAAAUAGACUAGAUUAAUGAGUUGUAAAUGCAUGCUGUAUUUCACUCUUCCCUUUCCAUCAUACCCUUAAACUUGCUUUUGACUCUUGUCAGGAUGUUAACUUGUGGUGAACUGGACUUUUUUUUAAUGGGCAAAAAUUUGAGGGACGGUGCAUAAGCCUUUUGUUUUUAUAGUGGUAUUUAUGCUUUUUCUUCACAAUUAGAUGGCAUGUCACAAUGAAUGUCUACUGGCUAAUUGCAGGGCUAGCAAUGGCAAUAUGGCAGCUUUAAUUUCCAAGUUACUACAGUUUCUUUGUCAAGGUGUAAUGUGUAGCAUAUUAGCAAUAACUACAUGUAUUUAUAGAAAAUGGAUACUUUUUUCACCUCACUGAGCCAAUCCAUUUAAUUGUCAAUGAUAAAUAUACACACAGUUUAAAAUGUACUAUAUGUGUGUGUAUCUUAUGUAUAAACUUUAUAUAAGCAUUUUUCUGGGCCAAAUUGCUUCACUUUGUUUAAUAUUUUAUUGCCUUAUGAUAUCACUGAUUUUGUUUGAAGGGCAUUUUCUACAUGAACAAAGGCUUUGAUGCGUGUUCCAUUUCUUAUGUGAAUCGGGUAGUGAUGUUUCCUGAGGAGACUUGCACAAUGAAAACCAGUCUAGUUGUGACCCACUAAUGUUUCUUUUUUCAUCACUAUUACACAGCUUAAUUUUGCUGACCAUGUUUGUAUUUGGUUUGUGUUUAAUGAAGUUUGGUUGAUGCCAUUCAUUGCACUGCUAAAGUGAAGCCUUGCUUAAAUUUAGCUUUAUGCUGAUCUCGGUGUGGGCAAUGUAACAAAACCAAAAAAGGCUGAACAGACUUCUUAUGUUUUAUAGAUAUGGAAAAUUACUGUUCUGUAUGUGUGCUUUUUGCAGUAAUGGAAUCUAACUCACAAAAAUGAAUCUAAUCUUUGUGUAGGAAGUAUGGAUUAAAUGGAAAGAAUUAAUACAAGUGCUGUAGAGAGCAUCACAGCAGAACUGCAGGAGUCCAAAUUUAAUUUAAUAAGCUAUCUUUAAAAAUACCAACAAAUGUCUGGAAUAGACUUUACCAUGUUUUAUUAUUUAAAAUCAUUGUCUUUGAGUUUUUUGUUGAAAAAAUAAAAUUUUGAAUACAAUCAAAA